UUCUGCUCCAAUUAUUUCUCCACCUGCCACUGAGACGGAAAACUGGGAGGGCUUAUUUUGACCAUUUAACUUGCUCCAACCGACCGCUUCAAUAAUGCAUGCAUAAUUUGACAAUUAAUACGCACGCCAUUGCGAUGCUCCACACAAAAAGGUCCCGGCAGGGUCUGGGGUGACUCAAAAAAGGGCAUCCUUUCCUUUCUACACCCGCAAAAGGAGUAAAUUAUUCACCCGCCGGUCUCGAUCAGAAAGUCACAUCAGCCGCUAGCCAUUAAAAAGGGUUCGUCUUUCGGUGUCCCGCCCACAGUCAAAACGGCAUCAAGGGCGGCAGCAUGUUGCGGCCGACCAGCGAGGACGACCAGACGCUGCUGAUAAACUUCCGCCUGCUCGAGCGCGUGCUGCGGCUCAUGGCGGUGUGGCCGACGGAUUUCAAUCCCUACCUGCCGCAGUACCUGCGCGGUCGGUUCUUCCUUUCCGAGCUGUUCGAUUUCGGCUACCAGCUGUUCUGGUACUUCAUCUGCGUGCACAUCGCAGCCUUUCACAUCAUGUCGGUGCUGACGGUCGACCUUAGCUACGACGAGCUGUUCCUCACGCUGAUCACUACCAGCAUCUACUCGAUCCUGGUGCCGCUGAGUCUGUAUCUGCGCCUGUACGAAAGCAACAUCCGGCAGCUGUACGAGUUUAGCCAGCGCCAUUUCCGUAAACGUUCGGCCGCCGGUGUGCACUACAUAUCGAUCAGCUCCAGCUACCGGUUCACCAACAAGUACCAGUUCUGGUGGAUCGCCUCCUGCCUGCUCGGCACGAUGCACUGGGCGGUCUAUCCAAUACUGUCGCAGGAGCGUACGCUACCGUUUCCCUGCUGGUACCCGGUGGACGUGCAUCAGUCACCGAUGUACGAGCUGGCAUACAUCUUCCAGGUGCUGGGGCAGCUGCAGGUCAGCCUGGUGUUUGGGUUGGCCAGUGCCCUGUUUAUGGUGUUUGUGUUUGUGGUGUGCACGCAGUUCGAUAUGCUGUGUUGCAGCCUCUCGAAUGUGCGCCAGUCGGCCAUGAUACUGAACGGUGGAUAUGGGCCGGAGCUGCGCGAGUAUCAAGACAACUACGAGCUCGAUACGCGCGACUACGUCCUGCAGGAAGUGUUCCGCGAAGAUCUGGACACGGUGCAAGGCACCAAAACGGCAUCCAGGCUCGAUCAGCUGAGUCCCGCUCAAAGUUAUCUGAUGGAACUUGCCCCUGAACUGACCUGCGUGAUGGAGGACUGCAUUCAGCAUCAUCUGAUAUUGCUGCGCUUCUGUCAGCUGCUCGAAAACUGCUACCAUCCUUACGUCCUGCUGAAGCUGCUUCAAAUUCUACUGCUUCUUUGCUUUCUCUCCUUCAUGGCAACGGAAAGUUUGUCGACGAUGAAGUUAAUUAACGUGCUCGAGUACUUCAUGCUCUCGAUAACGGAACUGUAUCUGUACUGCUUUCUUGGUCAGACCCUCAAGAACCAGGGCUUGAAGGUGGGUGACGCACUGUGGAAGUCUCCGUGGCAUCUGUGCGGAGCUUCCUACCGACGCCGGCUGUUGAUAAUCCUGAUGAAUGCUCAACGACCGGUACGGUUGACUGGUUUAAAGCUGUACGAGCUGAACCUGGAAACGUAUUACACGGUGGGUGGUAUUUUCCCGUAA